AUGGAUGCACAUGCAGGAACAAGCCUUCAAGAGACUGCAUUACGAGGAAUGAAAUUGGCAUUGGAGAAGAAGGCAUUUGAGCUCAAACUGAACUUGGGGUUUGGACUGCCUGCAGCCAUUGGCACUGCUGGUGCGAAGCCAGAUGCUAUCAUCAUUGACAUAGAUGGAGAUGGUAGCUUUAUGAUGAAUCUUCAAGAGCUAGUGACAAUUCAAGUACAAAACCUUUCAAUUGAGAUCUUUGUCCUCAAUCGUAAGCAUCUACGUAUGGUCAACAAAUGCCAAGUUGGGUUCAGAAAGUCCUGGAGAGGGCAUUCUUGCUUGGGUGCCCCAUUGAAGAACUUGGGAGACUUUUCCAAAAAUGUUCUAUUUGGCAGAACCGUGGUGGAGUGUGGAAAACCAGCUGCCCAAACAUGUUGGACUCAGCAGAAGCCUGUGGAAUACCAGCUGCUCGUGUGA